AUGUCGGUCACAUUACAUACCAGCCACGGAGACAUCAAGAUUGAAAUCUUCUGCGAAUCGGUACCCAAAACGGCGGAGAAUUUCCUAGCGUUAUGCGCGUCCGGAGCGUACGACGGCACACCCUUCCACAGGAUGAUUCCAGACUUUAUGGUUCAAGGAGGAGACACAUCAUUGGGACCGCGGAACACUGAGGAGAAUCCGAUUCCUAAAGGUGGCACGUCGAUUUGGGGACAGUAUUUCGAGGACGAGAUUAAAGUGCCCGCGUUGAGACAUAGUGGGCGAGGAAUGGUUUCGAUGGCGAACAAGGGACCCGGGACGAAUGGGAGCCAGUUCUUUAUUACGUUCAAGGAGGCGGCGCAUUUGGAUGGCAAAAAUACCGUGUUUGGACGGGUCAUUGAUGGCGCGGAAGAGGGUGGUGCGUUGGAAAAGAUGGAGGCUGUGAAAGUUGAUAAGAAGUUCAGACCGAAGGAUGAGAAGAUUGUGCUGGAGAGGGUUACGGUGCAUGCGAAUCCGUUGGCGGGUUGA